AAAAUUCACGUGGCAGAAAACGUGACAAUGCCUGUGCAAAGUGUGCCGCUUCGGGAUGCGUCGAUUCAGUAUCGUUUACUUCAUCAGUAUCUAUUUCUUCUGAAGAAAUAUCCCAUUCUGACCAAAUCUGUUACAAGUGGGAUCCUCUCAGCCUUAGGAAAUCUUCUUUCUCAGAUUUUGGAGGCAAGAAAAAAGUCCAAAAGUAAUGCUUCAGGCAAAGAGAUUGACGCAGCUGGAGCUGCACGGUUUGCCAUUUAUGGUUUGUUCAUUACUGGACCAGUCAGUCAUUACUUUUACCAGCUGAUGGAGAUGUGGAUGCCAACAACUGAUCAAUACUGUGUCAUCAAACGUCUCCUAUUGGAUCGCCUUGUUUUUGCCCCUGGAUUUCUGAUGAUUUUCUACUUGGUGAUGAACAUCCUGGAGGCAAAAGGGGCAGAUGACUUUAAAAAAAAGAUUAGAGAAAGUUACUGGACUGCUCUGAAGAUGAACUGGAAAGUUUGGACACCUUUCCAGUUCAUCAACAUCAAUUUUGUGCCUGUUGAGUUCCGAGUGCUAUUUGCCAACAUGAUCGCCUUAUUUUGGUACGCGUACCUUGCUACGGUGAGAAAAUGAAAGGUUUCAACUGAGGAAAUUGAUCAUCCCGACAUGCUCCGGGAUGAUUGUGUGUGCCAGAAAACAGAGAUUCUACUGCCAGCUGUCCAGCAGUUAACUGAUGUGGACAACAACUAACACUUUACAAUAACACUGUGAUUUAAUUUUUCAUACUCAACAGAUUUUGCAAGAGAUCACAAUAACAGCACUUCAUGUGAUAAUAAUCACCAUCACAGCAUAAUAACUUUAGUGCUGAAAAUACUAUAAAUAAUGAUAAUGUACACAAAAAGAAAUAUUGGGCUUUGGGUGAAAUUUUGGGAUCAACCUAAAAUGCACCAUAAGAACAUUGGUCAACAAAUUUCAACAUUUUUUAAGGUUUUCAAAAUAUAAUAAUCAAAUUUAGUAAUAGUUGUGAAGGAUUAUGAUCAGCCACAGGUGGAUUUCUUUUCUGGAAUUUUCAUAGUUAUAAUUUACGAUGCAUGGUAAAUUGCGCAAGCUCUUCUGGUUCAAACUUAAAAAGAAAAUAGGUCAACAACCUCAUGUGCAAUAAUAAGACAUUUUCUAAGGUCAGCAUGUUGCUGUUGAGCAGGCGUGACCAAAAAUUUGCUGCUGACAAGCAUCCCAAAAUUUAAUGAGUGUCAAAGAAAAUUCACAUGUAAAGGUUAUAGUUCAUCUUUGGUGCACUCUGCACUUUCAGCCUAAACCCUAAUAUCCCUAAAGCUUUGUGAAUGUGUAACCAAAAAAAGUGUUACUUUUUAAUUUGCCUCUGAUGAUUUGUGGUAAAAAAAAUGACAAAUGUCUGCCAAAUGUGAAUGAAAGUAUACUGAGAUGUCUGAUUUAUGUGAAGCUCACUGCUUACAUCUAAAAUAAUAAAGAAAAUAAUUAGACUCAUUAAGAAUACA